CGACCAAACCUCGACCAAACCACCGCGAGAACUUAACCUCACAAAAUGGUGUCCAAGUUCGUAGUCUUCGCCGCCGUGGUAACAGCCGCGAACGCCGGGCUUCUGCCGGCGUACCAGGCAACGUACCAGCCAACGUACCAGCAGGCCUACCCUACGCCACUGGCGUACGCAGCGGCGCCGGUAGCGAAGGCAGUGUUGACCAAGAGCGUGGACCCGGACUACGACCCGAACCCCCAGUACAGCUACGCCUAUGACGUGCAGGAUUCUCUGACCGGCGACUUCAAGAGCCAGCAUGAGAGCCGCAACGGCGACGUCGUCGAGGGAUCCUAUUCGCUGGUCGAGCCCGACGGCUCUCGCAGAAUCGUCGACUACACCGCCGAUCCCCAAAACGGAUUCAACGCCGUGAUCCGUAAGGAAGCCACGAAGAUCGCCGCCCCAGUGGCGUACGCAGCCCCCGUCGCGAAGUAUGCGGCGCCAUUGAGCUACGCCGCCCCCGUUGCAAAAUACGCCGCUCCCGUCGCUUAUGCUGCCCCCGUGACGAAGAUUGCGACGCCAGUGACUUAUGCCGCCCCUGUUGCCAAGUUUGCCGCGCCCCUCGCCUACGCCGCCCCCGCGGCCAAGAUUGCGACGCCACUGCACUACGCGGAACCCGUCGCCAAAAUCGGAGGCCCUCUGUCUUACGUCGCCCACGUCAGCUACUCCACGCCACUGUUCUCCUACUCUCACUAAAUUCUGAAAAAAUCAUCUUCCGGGUACAACCAUGACACGAACGGGUGGAGACGCCAUUGCGUCUCUUCACCCAUACUUUGGCUAGACUGUAUCAUAGUUCUCGACGGUGUGACGCGGUCGUACCUCGAAUUUUUAUAAACGUGUAUUUAAUAAGCCUCUUACCGUUAUUUCCUUCCCGUUAAUACUCCGUAUAGUUCAAACGUAACCUCU